AUGUCCCGAGAGAUCCUUUGCAUUUCGAAAAACAUCAAAGAGAUCUAUGGUAGCUACCAGUACAAAGACAAGGUUGAGGGUGAGGCUUCCUCACCAGCGGCCAACGAACCCGCUGCCGCUUCUCCUGCCGCCGUUGCCGUCGCUGCCCCAGCCCCUGUCGCUGCUAGCUCCGGACCUGUCGUCGCUGCAAUCAAGGAUUUCGUCGGCGGCAAGUCCACUCUGCAAAAUGAACUGCUUGGCAGUGCUCAGGCUGAAUUCGGCUCGGCACCGGACAAGGCGGAGGAGGGGAAGCUGUCGGUGCAGCUCCCUUGUACCGAGAUGACUACCGUAACCCUCAAAGGUAAAAUUGCUUACGAGGAGGUCAACCGCGUGGGUGGCUAUACCAAGAAGUUGGAUCGCGCGGCAGUCGACUCGCCGUCGUUCCUUUCAAUCAAGGAUCCAAGCAAGAUGUUGAAGGUCAGACUCGAUCUCGCUUUGUUUAAUGGGUUGGCCAUGGACCUCGAUUACAUCUUGCCCUUCGCAGCGAUUCCGGAGAACGGACGAGAAAUCAAUGGUUUAGAUGACCGAUCCGAACUUGCUCAUCGAGUGAUGCUGACCAACCUGCUUAGAUUGAUGGGCGAGGUCAAGAAGAAAAAGCAUGCUCUCAAACUCGUCACCCGCCCUACCCAAAUGGUCCUGCCGCUGUCCCCCAACCACGGUAACUUCGGUAACGACGGUCUCUACUCUGAAUCGAAUCUCGCUCGACACAUUGUUCAAUCGAUGGUCUUCUGA